UUCUAAUAUCUCCGUACUGCCGCCCUUCAGUUCACAUUUAUUUCCAAACCCCAUCGAACCUGUGUUAAGUCGAGCGUAAAACGAACGCGUAAAAAAUCAGUUUUUAGUUUUUAGUUUCGGCCCGAGUCAUAUAGGAAGUAUGGAGGAGUAUUCGCGUGAACCGUGUCCCAUACGCAUCGUCGACGAUUGUGGCGGCGCCUUCGCCAUGGGCUGCGUCGGAGGCGGUCUCUUUCAAGGACUCAAGGGGUUCCGGAAUGCGCCGCAGGGCUUUGGACAUCGGUUUGUCGGAGGAUUGGCGGCCGUGAAGACCAGAUCGCCGAGGAUCGGCGGCAGCUUCGCCUCGUGGGGCUGUGUCUUCAGCAUCGUGGACUGCAGCCUGGUGCAUCUGCGCGAGAAGGAGGAUCCCUGGAACUCGAUCAUGAGCGGGGCCAUAGCCGGUGGGAUUCUGAGCUCGCGAAAUGGCGUGGCCGCCAUGUGCGGCAGUGCGAUUAUGGGCGGCGUUCUGCUCUCGAUGAUCGAGGGCGUGGGCAUCCUGUUCACCCGCAUCUCAGCCCCGCAGUUCUGCAAUCCGUCACCGCAGCUCACGGGAUCUGAACUUCCAUCCGACGAUUUUAAUCCUGCAACUGGCUUUGGAUUCCCCGGCGCCCAGCAGUCCUCUAGCUAAAUUUAUUUUGUUCUGUCACUUAAGUCGACCGCCUUAAUUUUCAAUUAUUUAUAUUCGAAUGAUUGUUUGGCCUACAUCUGUGUCAAACAUCUAAAUUUAAAGCUUAUUUUAUUCGAUAUACUUAAAUGUGACCUUCGAAAGUAAAAUCAUUAGU